CCCAGUGGUUACAUGGGUCGAAGGUUAUGUCACUCGUCUUAUCAACUGGACUGUAAAAACUGCUCCAAAGUCGUGAAUAGACAGAUCUAUUUUUAAUUUAGUGAUGUGAUCCAUCCGCAUCUUUCCACUCCCUUUAACAAUAAAUGCCACGGAGAAAAACAAUAAUUAAUGUCUAGUCCGAUAUUAGGCAGACCGAUAAAAUGGUAUCUCUUCUGAAAAAUCAGAUAUUUAAACACUUAUCCAGAUAUACGAAAAAUCUAUCUCCAGACAAAAUUAAUCUUAGCACAUUUAAAGGAGAAGGGGAACUCACGUGUUUGGAAUUGGAUGAAAUAGUUUUAACAGAUUUAUUAGAGUUACCAUCAUGGGUUCGCCUAACUAGCGCUUGUUGCAACAAAGUUGAAUUCAGGAUACAAUGGACACGUUUAAAAUACGAACCAAUACGAUUUGCUUUGGAUGAGGUUAGAGUAGAAAUAGAAACAUGUGAAGAACUAAGGUCACUUUCAGCCCAACAAGGGCUCUCUGCAUAUGCAGGAACAGAAUAUAGUUUUGCCAACAAAGUGGUCGAUGGUAUGACAAUCUCCGUUAAUGAAGUUAAAGUAACGUUCAAAACUCCUGCGUUUAAUGCAGCAGUACAAUUACAGAUUAUGAGGAUAUUAGUGGAGUCUAAAUCACCAGACUGGAAAAAAGUAGAACUUACAAAAACAAGAAAGAAAGACAAAAGUAAAAAACACAUUUUAAUUUUUAAAACUAUUGAGUGGCAGACACUUAGGCUUGAAGCAAAUUCUACAAAAGAAAAAGGGCUGGAUUCAUUAAGGCUUUUUACUAAUAUGGCAAAAUGCAGAUUGACAAUUAAGAAACGGACGUCAGAUUGCUUUGUGAUGGGGUGCAAACUGUUAUUGAUAUUAGAAGAGUUUGUGUGGGUACUGACUGAUUCUCAGCUUAAAGCUGUACUUCAUUUUGUAGAGUCACUCUCAGGGUUAGUGCAAAAGGCAAAUGAAAUAACACGAAUUAAAAAAGCUGCAAGAAAGUUAGAGUUGCUUCCUGAAUACCAUGCCCAAGUUGCUCAACAAGAAAGAAGUGGUGAUACAACAGAAAAGGAACAGUCUUUCGCUCUUUGCGAUGUAGUUGAAACGUCAUACCAUUUAUGGGCACAAAAAAUUGAUUUACAUUUAGUUGAUGAUCCUGGAGCUGGACGUUCUAUUUACCCUUUACUUAAAAAUGGGCAUACACUGCGUUUACUCAUUAACAAUCUCCAAGUUGAUUACUAUCCAUACCAUUUAGCAGCUGCUGACAGGGCUCAUUGGGCAAGGUACAAUCAAGCAAGUUCCCCUCACGCUGAGUGGCUUUCAGCAGCUCAAAGUCAAUUUAAAAAUUCUCUCCUUCAGCUGAUAGACCAAAGAGGAAGGAAUCCUAGUUUUAGAGGAUCGAAUAGCAAUGAUGAAGAUGAAGAUAGAAAAAGUAGCGAAUCUUCCCCAAGCCAAAAUAAUGUGAAAAAGUAUGUUAUUGCCAAUUUGGCAAAAGUAAUGACUUCAUGCAUUGUCCUUAGAGUGCAAGAUUUUACAGUUUAUGCUAUUUUACCAAACAAUAAACACUUACAAAAGGAAUUUAUUAAAGGGCAGCACAGGAGAAGAGAGAGCCUAGCACAAGGUGAUAAAGAACGCAAUAUGCCUUCUGAUGUAACAGUACAUGCAGAAUUUACUUAUUAUUAUUAUCCUGGAAACAUUGCAUUCCCUUUACCAGUUCCCAAGUUUUAUGUACAAAUAAAUCCUGUUAUAAUGAAUUUCGAUGUGAAUACUAUUCUUUGGUUGAAUUCAUUUGCUUUAAAUCUUCAUCAGUCAUUACAAGAGAUUAAACAAAACUCAACCAAUAACUUGAAUUAUGUUGAUGUUAAAAUAGAAGCAAUAAUGCCUCGAGUAAUUUUUGAGAGCAAUGUUGAAAUCCAGUGUGGACAACGUGAUAGACCAAAAGCCCUUCACAUUCAAGUCAGUAGGGCAUUGAUAAGCAAUGUUAGAAGUUCUGAUGGUUGUAGUCGAGCCGAUUUGGCCAAAUGUGUUAAUGCAUUGCAAUUAGGUUCCUUAUUCUUUGGUAAUGAAUUCCCAGUCAAAGAAGGUGAUUUUGCUGUGAUACCAGAUAAAUUUAUCGACCAUAUCCAAUUUAAAGAUAACAUUCGUACACCUUUGGAGGAACUUCCCACGAACACAGUAUCUGAGCUAGUCAGCUAUUUCAGAAAAACGCUAUUGUGGACAGAGUCUAGAGAUGUUUGGUGUAUUAACUUCGAACCAAUUUGGGGUGAAUUUUAUGGUGCAAGGGGUGUGGCUCAUAAUAAACCUGUGGCAUUUAUUGAUUCUUUUCCAUUAAAAAUUUGGGUUUAUCUUAAAACUGAAAGCAGUACAAGAAAAGAUUUUUCAAAACCGGAACUAUACGCACUAGCUUACAUUUCCAAUUUAGUUUCAGUCCAAAUAAAUCAUUAUCAACUAUUAUUUCUUUUACGGUUGGCUGAUGAUUUUGCUGAGUUGUUGACUAUUCUUGAAAUGGAUUCUCGACGGAUUAUGAAAAGAGGAAGUAGUGGAGUGGUAGUUGGUGCAGUUGUUCCUCAGCUUGAAGUCACUCUUGUUAUGCCUUCUCAAACACCUGGCAAAGAGUCCUCAGGAGCAGAUCUUGAAUCUGUCAUUCCUGAUACCUCAAGCCUUGCAGAUGACAUUGUUACAAAUCCAAGCAUUCAGUGGAAUGCAGUAUUAACAACUGAUUUGCAGGAUGGAGGAGUUUAUAAACGAGAAAAUACGGUACCAGCGAUGUCUCCUCCAAGUAAUCAGCUUUCUCUUGAUGUGACACCAACCUUCUUGGAAUCGAAACAAUUAAAUUCAUUUAUGGGGCUUUCUUCAAUGAAGAAAGGGUUUACUAAUUUUACAAAUUUAUUGGAUUCUAAACUUAAGUUUUCACCAAAUGAUGCAAGUGAUUCAUUUUCAACUAGAUCUGAUGGAACUUCUGAUAGUGAAAACUAUGUACUUAACGGCCAAGUUGAUUCAAUGUUCAAUAUAGAUACUUGUGAUGAACCUAUAGAAUAUGGCAGUGAAGCACUCGAAGAGUUCGAUGACCAUUCUGGUGCUACAAUUAGUGUUACAACUCCAAGUGAAAAUCCAUCAAAUGCAAGUUCUUAUAAAAGAAAAGAUUUGAUUUCUGUGGCCACAUUUAAAUUAGGCCAGGUAGAAAUAAUACAGCAGUCCCAAGGGCUCACAUCCACCAUUAAAGCUCAGGUAUCAAACAUUGCAAUAGAAGAAUGUCCAGCUAUUCCAUGGGAUGAAUUUCAGAACAAGUUUAACACCAGAUCUCGUGGAUGGACUGAAGUGUGUGAUAAACCUACUGUUAAACCAGGAGUCCGGAUAAGAAAAGAGCACACGGUUCAGUAUGGCGAUUUGAAUCUUUGGCCUACCCAAAAGAUUAGUUCGUGGUUCAACGAUUUGGUCACAGUCGCAUUAUCCGAUAUAUGCAUCACACUGAAUGCUUCGACAGUUUCAUCCAUCGCAGAAUUUUUUGAAGAUGAUAUCGAAUCGCCAUCAAUUCCAAUCAAGAUAAGCAUGGAGAAUAUGGACUUAAAUAUUAUUGAAGAGAAGAACUCGAUGGCAGCAGGUGGAACACCUAUAAACGUUUCAAUAUCACGUUUGCAUAUAUCAAGAGAUAAAGAUAAAGUGAUACUUAUUGAGCCAACAAUUGCUGAAAAGCCUAGUACAUACACCCAAGAGAUUUAUGACCUGAAAAAUGAAAAUGAACAAUUACGUCGCAGGCUUGCUGCUAUGGAAAGGUUGAAUGAAGAAAAUCACCGUCUUAGAAAGUGUGAAGAAGAGUCUCAUGAACUGAGGUCAUUUUUGCAUAGUGCACAAGACCAUCUUCAAGCUGUGCUUGAGGAGAAUGAGAGGCUGUCUGAGAUGUUGAGGAAUUUUCAGAGGGGAGACAAGCAACAAUCGUCAGGAAAAAGAUAGCAGCAGUGCUGCUGCUUCAAGUGUUCUUGUACACACAAGAAAAACAGCUAGAAAGCAGAACAUUAGAAGAAGUAGUAUAAAAUAGAACUAGUAUGAAACCAAUUUUGUUUAUAUUUAAAAAAAAAUCGUGGAAAAAAGUAAAAUUCUUUUGGUUCUUUUUAUGUUUAUUAAAUAUUGAGGGUACAAUAGUUCGUAAUUUUUCCCUUAAAUUGAAUUGUUUCUAUCCUUCUUAAGCCCUGAUUUACAAUUUUACAUGCUAAUUUUUAUCUUCUACAAAUCAUUCGACCAUUUAGAGAAAUUGCUGUAAUAUUUUCAUACAUAUCAUAAUUACAAUUUAUAUUAUUUAAUAAAAAUCAUAAGUGGAAUAGCAAUUAUUAGGGGUUGUCUGUUCACCAGACAGAAAACAAUUCUCUCCAUAAUGAUUAAAUUACACAAAACAGGAUUUUCUAUACGUAUUUGAUGUAGUAAAAUUUUAAUUUGCAAAACACAAUAUAAUAUACCUAUACUAUGAACCAACAUAACUACUAUCAAACCUCAUGCUAUAUUAUUAUUGUUAUUAGCUCUGUAUGGUAGCAAAGUUUUUUCCCUAUGUAAAAAUAUAUAUUUCUAUAUGUAUAAUUUGACUAUAUGUGAGAAAUAGGGUAAAAUUAGAUGACUGGUGAAGAUUUUUUUUUUGUGCUUUAUCUUAUAUCCUUUAAUUGCUAUUGCACUAAUAAAGAGUUGAUUCUAUACACUACAUAAAAUUUGAAUUGGAAAUGUAUAAAAGAUUUCCAAAAUACAGAAAUUGUGUCUUGGCGUUUUUCUUCUUCAAGUAAUUUUGUGUUCCUAAUUGCAUUUUACAUUCUUUUGUACAUUAUAUAUGGGAAAAAAGUGCUGUGCUUAGAUAUAUAUUGCUUAUUGUUUUUCCAGUGUGAUAAGUUGUGGUUUAAAAAGAAAAAAAAAUGUUAUUUUGUCUUCCAUUGUGAAUUAUAUAAUAAUUUUUCGUAAAAAGUAAAUGCUAAAUUGUAUAUAUUUACUUUGAAUAAUAAUACAGUUGAUAAUGAAUGUUGGUUUGCGAAUCAGUGAACUCAUACUAAACUGGCAUAGUGUUACUUAUUAUUAUCAUUACACCUUCUUCGGUGAGGAAUGCGAGUGAAGACUGAAUAAGUUACCCUAUGCCGGUUUGGCAUAAAUAAUAGUAAACAAUUUAUGUUUCUUAGUAGCAAUAAAUAUGGCAGUAUGAAAUUAUAGUAAUUUCAUUUUUAAAUUAUAUCAAUUAAUUUAGUUUCUAAUAACAAUAAGUUUACUAAUUAAUUGAUUUAAUAUUAAGUAAUAUUUUUCUUGAAAUUAUACCAAAAAUACUUGACUGUAUGGAUCAGAGUUGUGGUCUUUUUGUUUUCAUUGUUUAUCCAAUCUUUUUUCAGAGCUUUCAAUAAUUAGACCACAUCCCUAAGCAAUACAUUCAAAAGAUUAACUAAAGUCGGUCAUCAUUAAAUCUACACAUACCUGUAAUGCCAUAUCAAUAUAUUUCUAAUUGAACAAAUUUAUACUAUGCCCAUACCUUAGUUUGUUUUCAAUCAAUAAAUUUAAAUCAGUAAAAGGUACUAAUUUGCAUUACCUUCUUCUAAGACUGAAAAUAUUUUAUGGUAAAUUUUAUACUCACAUCAUUCAGUUGUUAAUCGAUAAAUUAAGCAUUUUACAUUUAUGACAUUAAAAGUUAAUUGAUUAUUAUUUUAACGAUCAAUGUUUUGUUAAACUGUUUUCUUUGAUUUUGCAUUCCAUUAUGUGAGAUUGACGAUUUAAAUAGCUGAAAUGUCGGUAAAAACAACGUUGGUUGUAUCUUAUUUUUACUUUUUUAAUACUGCAUAUUUGUAAUGAAAACUUACUCUGUUUUAACAUUGCAAGCUGUGGUUUAUUUUAUAUUUACAGAGGUCAACCUCUUUAUAGGGGCGUCAGUGGUUACAACAGUUAAGGCGAUAACAUAACACUAAUCACUGUACAGUAAAGGUCCAAAGAUUUAAAAAAUCUAGUGGCCCUGCAUUCUAACCUGGCAUACUUACGAAUGGGCUUUUCUCUUUUUCAAAAACACUGGCACCCCAAGGGUUCGUAUUACCUCUUAACUUCAUAACAGAAAAAGAAAAAAGAGGUUAUCCUUUUUUUAAGCCUAAAAUGUCUUAAAAAUUUCUUAAUUUAUUUUUAGAUAAAACUAUAACAGUAAUUAUAUUUUUUAACUUUUACCAUUUGCACUUAUAUCAUGUGUUAUUAAUUGUGAAUAUGCGAUAGUUUUAUUGUUGUAAUUAUAUGAAAUAACUGAAACAUUUAUAAUAUAGAAGAUAAUUCCAUACUUCCUUGCACUUGAUCAAUUCCAAAAUUUGACUUGAAUCAUUUUUCGUUAUGUCUAAUUCAUUUCAAGAUAAUGUUAUUUGUAUUGUUUUUCACUUUGAAAAUACGAAUUGUUAUGAAUAAGGGAGUAAUUAAUAAGAGCGGUAUAAUAAUGGUGAUUGAAUGAUUUACUAUAAUUAUUAUUGUAUAUUAUUAUUACAUUGUUUUUAAUAUUUUUAUAUGUUGAAAGGACAUAAGAACCUGGUGUGUGUGUGUUUUUUUUAAAUUUAUGUUAUACAUUAAUAUAAUCCUUUAUUUAAAUUAUACUGGGAAUUUAACAACAGAAAACUGAAUUACAUAUCCAUUUUUAAAGUGCCUUAAUCAACUGGAGUACUCUCAUUUCGCAAUUUCAUUAUUAUAACCUCAAAGUAAAAUGGUUGUUUAGAUUUUGUUAACCAGAGCAAUUUCUCUAUGUGGUAAAAUUUAAACAAAAAAGUUUUCAAUUUAGAUUAUUGUUUGCCUUUUCAAGAGAUUUAUUUGUUAAUUUAUGUCUUAAUUUACAAAUUUAAUGGCUGUGCGAACUACGCCAAGCAAUUUAGCUUUUAAUUGUCUGUAUAAUUUAUGAAUUAUAUAAAGAAAGAUCUAUUUGCUUUUGUCUGGACGGUAAAUUUGUAAAAAAUCAUAUUAAAUGGACUUUUCUAUACCAAGAGAAAGUUACAGCAAAUAUAAUAUUUGUACGUCAAUGAUUGCCAGAUCUGGCCUACCUAAUUAAGGUUUAACUGUAAAAUUGAUAUGAUUCAAUUUAUUGUAUAAUAAUUAUAUAUGUCAUGCUUUUUAUGUAUUUUAACUUUUACUGAUGACGGAAAAUUAUAUUUUAUUUGUCUAGUCCGGUUGCUAGUAAUUUUGAAUGUACUCUCAAUUAAUAUUUCAACAUUAAUAUAAUUGAAAUAAACACCAAAUAUUUAUAAUUUUAAAAAAAUCAUUUUAAGGGAACAGUUGUAUAAAGUAAACAGUAUAAUAAUUAUAUAUGAUUUAAAAUAUGUAAUAUGUAUAUUACACAUCAGAUUUUAAUUUUCAAAUGCUGACAACUUUUCUUAUAGUAAAACCUGUCUUUUCUAUAUAAAGGCAUAUGUUGCAACAAAGUGUUAACAAUUGUGAUUUAUAAAAGCUGAAUUUUACCUUUUUUAUAUAUUAAUUUUGUACUGUGUAAUGUGAAUUAUUUUUUCAUAAUUUAACAAUUUUAAAAUAUGAAAAAAUACUUUUAGUGUUAUGUGCUGCUGUAAUUUAAAAAUAGUACUAUUUCAUUACUUCAAAACUAUUCAGUUUGUCUGAUAUAAAUCCUUAGCGUGUACCAAAAAGUGUAGAAUUAAUUGUUGUGAAGUUUUUAGCAAAUAGUGCGAAUUAAUUUGUACUUUAAAAGCUGAUUUCUUCUUAAUGUGACUACUCAUUUUUUUCAUCUGUUUUAUCUAAAUAUUGAUUUUAAGUCCAAUUAGCUUAAACAAUCAUACAUGUUAUGUUUAAAUUAAAUUGUGAUUGUAUGUUGGUUGUACACCAUGAAGACAUUCCAUACAAAGAAAAAAACGUUUACUAUUUGUUAUUCUUUGAUUUAUGCGAGAUUACAUGUAUGUAUUUUUUAUGUACAGUUUUCUUAAUACAUUAUUACUCAAUUGUCAGUUGGUACUUUACUGAUUUCAAAUUAUAUUUAAACAUUAGAUUUCUCUGAUUGUAGAAUAAUACGGGUCUAGUUAUUGUAUCAUUUAAAAAUGUUUAUGAAUUAUACUACCUUGUUCCCUUUGUCUUUCAUUGUACUGUAAGUAAUUGGUAUAUAACUUGUUGCUUUAUUUUUUUAAUAUACUGUGUCUGUCCAGUUGAA